AUGGCGAUGACGCUCAACACAUCUCUGCAGAACCUGACAUGGGCCACUCUGGACUUUCAGCGCAACUGUACCUUGGCCGAGCAAUACAUAGACCUCAAGUACGAAGAACACCGGAGCGACAGCAGCUGGACGCCACCAGAGAAGGAGCAGUACGACUAUUUUAUGGCCUGGCUUCCAGUGGACAUCGAACCUGAUAGCACGCCCUUUAUAGUCUUCCAGCAAUGGGCACACACAUCAAACAUGAGUUUCCAAGACGGUAUCGAAGUUCCACUGCGUAGGCAAUGCCUGAGCGACUACUGCAAAGGCCUCAAAUGGAGGCCCGACCCUGACUUGUGGGGUAUUGGCUGUCUGUCGUUGGCUGCCAUGAUCUUCAUUAUACUCAGAGCAGCGUACAUCAUCCUCGGAACCUUCCACAAGUCCCUGGUCGAUGUGGCAAACUCAUUGAAGCUUUUCAAGCGAGAUCAGAUCGUACAGCAUUAG